UGGACACGAGAGAAUGAGAAGACCGAGAACAACAACGGUGCACGGACUUGUCGGCGCAACAUGUUGAGAGUUUGCAAACACCUGAUCUGCAGAGCGAGAGGCUCUCCUUUAAACGCCGGAAAUAUCCUGCAGAGACCAUCACGCCUGCCCUGUGCCCCGGUCAGGACUUAUUCCAGUGCCUCAAGCGGGGUCUCUGCAUAUGGGCCCUGGCCGAGGUACAAUGCCCUUGGCCCAGAGCAGGGAAUGGGUCGAGUUCAGGGUCACAUUGGCAGCAGUUUAGUUUGUUCUUCACGGCACAAAUCCAGCAAGUCAGACAAGAGAAGGAAUAGAAGCCAAGAUUUUUCAGAUGAUGAAGAGUCAGACGGGGAAGGAGAGUUAGAGUCGGCAGCAGACUUCCGUGAUGUAAGAGUGAAUGUCUCAUCCUUGAGACUGGAUGCCGUCCUCAAAGCCGGGUUCAACAUGUCACGCAACAAAGUGGAGUCAGCCUUUUACGAUAGCAAGAUCCGUGUAAAUGGUCAGAAAGUGAUGAAAAAGAGUAAGCAGCUUCAAGAGGAGGAUGAAGUUGAUAUCAUAAAAGCCGUGUCAAGCAAGAACCCGGCCUUCUUAGAUAUUUCUCGUGUUGUAGUAUUGAGCAUCGGCAGCUAUAAUGAGGAUACUGACAAGGUACAAGUCAGGCUUCGAAAAUAUCCCCACCUACUUGUUGAGAAGUAUGAAGAUGAAUUUGAAAAGCCCUUAUAAUGUUCUCUUCUGCUGUUUGUAAAAAAUAAAAUGGAAGUCAGUUGGUAUACUGUUCAUAUACAGCUGAAAUAUUUAUUAUCAUCAUCCAUACAGUGUGUACAUAAUAAAAAUCCUUAAUUUUAGUAUGUAUUUUUCGAUAAGAAACCUUUACUUUUAGAUUAUAAGUACAAUCAUAAACAUUCAUAAUUUUAUUCUUUAACCAUAGUUAAUGUUCACCUUGCUCACCUUGUAACCAUAUGCUCCAGUUUGUUUGUAUAAAUAAAGAUUAUUUGAAUUUUA